AUUUUUAUAGUUUCGUUAAUUUUUCGCUGUGUGCAGUCUGCUACCCAUUCAUUCUGAUUACAUAUUCUGAGUAGAGCGCCGUGCUCCUAAUUUGUUGAUUUUAACACUUGGGUAGCAAUUCUUGUCACAAAAAGAAAAAGAUGAGUAAACAUCAUUCACACGAGUUGAGUGAACAUCCGGAGGUUCAAUGGGCUCUUGAUCUGCUGAAGCCAGAUCCCAACUAUGAACCCAGUGUGCUGUCGAAGUAUUCGACAGAAAUAGUACUUAUGUCAAUCGGUUUCGCGAUGCCGUCUACCUCAAAUAUAUACAACAAGAAGCCGUUCUAUGCCGGAAUACAGAGGCAUAUUGUGUUCGUAACAGGGGGAUACGUUUUGUCACAAUUUGUAAAGAAGCUUGUUGAUGAUUUUCAAGCGGAUCGUGAUACUAAACUGAGAGAUUACAUUAUACGACAUCCAGAACUUUUUCCCGAGCCAGAACGUAUAAAGUAUAGCCAAGUGUUGGAGAAAUGGAUCCCAGUGCGUUAAUUAAUGAAAACUGUUAGAGAUGAUUGUACCAUCUUGAUUGCGUAUCUCUUACAAUGCAGACAGACAGUACAGUACAAUGCAAUGAAUGUAGACAUAUUGUGUAUAUAUUUUAAAAUAUAUAUCUAUAUAUAUAA